GUUCCCUCCCCGCAGCUCUCGCGCUGUUCGUUAGACAGCGCAGCCGAGGGAAUCCGGGCGGAACCUUCGCCCUCAGCCCUGGCGCUCUGUCUCUACAUCACUCGCAUCUCUUCUCACCUCUCCUCUGCCACCCCCACCUUGUCUCCUUGAGCCGUGGCCACGCGGCUUCUCCCACGGCCAGAGCGCCCGCGAGGAUUCCCAGCGCACUUUGUUGUGCCGGGUUCCUCCUGCUUCUUGGGGAUGUCAGUGACAAUGUGAGUGCCGUUUCAUCAGGUGUUUCCUCCUCCGCCGCCGCCCCCCAAAAAUCCGGGGGUGCCGAGAUCUGCGGGUUCCGUGAGGAGCGCGCUGCCAGCCAGGCGACCCAGGAGAAAACUUUUUGGAGAGAUUUUAAAAUUGGGGUUGAUGAAGGCUGCUCCCGCACCUAAUAAUUUAAAUUCUUUUGCUUUUGUAAUUUAUGCGGAAGAGCUUUUUAAAAAAAUCACUCAGGAUCGGAUGAAGAUUAGAACUUUCCAAAAUAAUAACGAUUGUAGACCCCGCUUGAGGUUAUUUUGAUGAAUACCGCCAAGUGUUUGGGGAUGCUUAUUAAUGUGGAAUCAGGGUUGAUUUUGUGCAGAGUGUGUGUGUGUCCCAGGACGUGCUCGGUAAAGGUAAAAAGCGGGGAUUCAAGGGUCUUUUUGGCAGGCCUUUGCCUACUGCCCCGCGAUUCAGAACGCAUUCUUCUUGUGGUUAAUUUGUUUUCAUAUGGACUUACGUACACCCGCACCCACUCCUUGAGUGAGUGAGAUGUCUUCUUAGGAAGUACACUCCUUCCGCAGCCCUGACCCCCCGACAGCAAGGUCGGCGCACUGGAGAACGGGUUAUGUCAACCCUGUCCCAAUGAAUGGAUUACUUCUGGGCGCCCUGGGCGGACUUCGUGACCCAGAGCUAACUUCUGGGAGCAGCGACUGGGCAGAAUCGCGGCACACCAAGUUCUGGGUUUCCUUUGGGCCGCCCAGUGUAAGGUCCCUGUGCAUUUUAUUGCGACCUGCCGGUGGGAACUUUGUCUCCGAGUCGGAGCAGCAUGGAGCGGCGGAGCGAGAGCCCGUGUCUGCGGGACAGCCCCGACCGGCGGAGCGGCAGCCCCGACGUCAAGGGUCCUCCCCCGGUGAAGGUGGCCCGGCUGGAGCAGAACGGCAGCCCCAUGGGAGCCCGCGGGAGGCCCAACGGCGCAGUGGCCAAGGCCGUGGGAGGUUUGAUGAUUCCGGUCUUUUGUGUGGUAGAGCAGUUGGACGGCUCUCUUGAAUAUGACAACAGGGAAGAACACGCAGAGUUUGUCCUGGUUCGCAAGGACGUGCUUUUCAGCCAGCUGGUGGAGACCGCGCUCCUGGCCCUGGGCUACUCCCACAGCUCCGCGGCGCAGGCACAAGGAAUAAUCAAGCUUGGGAGGUGGAACCCUCUCCCCCUCAGUUAUGUGACAGAUGCACCCGAUGCGACAGUGGCCGACAUGCUGCAAGAUGUCUAUCACGUUGUGACGUUGAAAAUCCAAUUACAAAGUUGUUCGAAGUUGGAAGACUUGCCUGCGGAGCAGUGGAACCACGCCACGGUCCGCAAUGCCUUAAAGGAACUGCUCAAAGAGAUGAACCAGAGCACAUUAGCCAAAGAAUGCCCUCUCUCCCAGAGUAUGAUUUCAUCCAUUGUAAAUAGCACAUAUUAUGCCAACGUGUCAGCAACCAAGUGCCAGGAGUUUGGGAGAUGGUAUAAGAAGUACAAGAAGAUUAAAGUGGAAAGAGUGGAACGAGAAAACCUUUCAGACUAUUGUGUUCUGGGCCAGCGUCCAAUGCAUUUACCAAAUAUGAACCAGCUGGCAUCCCUGGGGAAAACCAGCGAACAGUCUCCACAUAGCCAAAUCCACCACAGUACUCCAAUCCGAAACCAAGUGCCCGCGUUACAGCCCAUCAUGAGCCCUGGUCUUCUUUCUCCCCAGCUCAGUCCACAACUUGUCAGGCAACAAAUCGCCAUGGCCCAUCUGAUAAACCAACAGAUUGCCGUUAGCCGGCUCCUGGCUCACCAGCAUCCUCAAGCCAUCAACCAGCAGUUUCUGAACCAUCCACCCAUUCCCAGAGCAGUUAAGCCGGAGCCAACCAACUCUUCUGUGGAAGUAUCUCCAGAUAUCUACCAGCAAGUCAGAGAUGAGCUGAAGAGGGCCAGUGUGUCCCAAGCUGUCUUUGCAAGAGUGGCAUUCAAUCGCACACAGGGAUUGUUGUCUGAGAUUCUGCGUAAGGAAGAAGACCCUCGGACAGCAUCUCAGUCUCUUUUAGUAAACCUGAGGGCUAUGCAGAAUUUCCUCAAUCUGCCGGAAGUGGAGCGGGACCGCAUAUACCAGGAUGAGAGAGAGCGGAGCAUGAACCCCAAUGUGAGCAUGGUCUCAUCGGCCUCCAGCAGUCCCAGCUCCUCCCGAACCCCUCAGGCCAAAACCUCGACACCGACAACAGACCUCCCCAUUAAGGUGGACGGCGCCAACGUCAACAUCACAGCUGCCAUUUAUGACGAGAUCCAACAGGAGAUGAAAAGGGCCAAGGUGUCUCAAGCCCUGUUUGCCAAAGUGGCUGCAAAUAAAAGUCAGGGCUGGCUGUGUGAACUGCUCCGCUGGAAGGAGAACCCCAGCCCAGAAAACCGCACCCUCUGGGAGAACCUCUGUACCAUCCGUCGCUUCCUGAACCUUCCCCAACACGAGAGGGAUGUGAUUUAUGAAGAGGAAUCGAGGCACCAUCACAGCGAGCGCAUGCAGCACGUGGUCCAGCUUCCCCCUGAGCCAGUGCAGGUCCUGCACAGACAGCAGUCUCAGCCAGCCAAGGAGAGCUCCCCUCCCAGAGAAGAAGCACCUCCCCCGCCUCCUCCGACUGAAGACAGUUGCACCAAAAAGCCUCGGUCUCGCACAAAGAUCUCUUUGGAAGCCCUAGGCAUCCUCCAGAGCUUCAUCCAUGACGUGGGCCUGUACCCUGACCAGGAAGCCAUCCACACUCUCUCUGCUCAGCUGGAUCUCCCCAAACACACCAUCAUCAAGUUCUUCCAGAACCAGCGGUACCACGUGAAGCAUCAUGGGAAGCUCAAGGAACACCUGGGCUCGGUGGUGGACGUGGCCGAGUAUAAGGACGAGGAGCUGCUGACGGAGUCGGAGGAGAAUGACAGCGAGGAAGGCUCGGAGGAGAUGUACAAAGUGGAGGCGGAGGAGGAGAGUGCGGAGAAAAGCAAGGCGGUGCCUGCUGAAAUUGACCAGAGAUAAUGUGAACUGCCACCAGGCAAAGCAAUACAUCGGUCCAAGGAUUUUCUGUUUUAGUUUCUUUAAAAACUUUUUGUUGUUGCUUUAUUUUAUCUUUGUCUUUUUUUUGGUCUGUUUUGUUUUCCUUACCUUUUUUUGACAUUUCUCUGUUGCACAGGAUAUACCUGUAGACUGAAUAAGUUCAGUAUUUCUGAAUCAGACAUCGCCUUGGCAAAGACACUAAAGUGUUAACGCUUUACAAUGGACUGGAUCGUAGUCAUUAUAAUCACAGGAGACUCUGCCUUCAUUAUCCUUGCACUUAUGGAAGAGACACCAGGCAAGUUCCAGGAUGAAAAGACCUAUGAAAUAAAUGAAGGAAGCUACAAGUGUGUGUGUAUAUGUAUAUGUAUAUAUCUAUAUAUUUACAUAUAUAUAUUAAAUUGCAUGGGACAGAGAACUUUACAAUCCGAAAGAAUAGACUGUGAAAUGAGUUCUUAAAGAAGAGACUUGUUUAUGUAUUAAAAAAACCACUUCACAGUGAGUCGCUUUGGCUUUUUGAUAAACUGCGGCCUGCUCUCAGGGUGGGGUGACUAUUUUUGAAUUCCUAUUUAUUUUCUGUGUUUGUCCCUGAUUUUUUUUUUUUUUUAAUUCUAUGGCUUCCUAUCUGGCAGCUUGAUGGGUAAUUUUUGAGGUAUGUAUUUAACAAAACAAAUCA